GAAGAUAUAGAGAAGGUGCAAGUAUAAUCAAAAUGUCUGUGAGUUGUUCCAUAUAUCUUGAAACAAUAAUGGACAAGAAGAAUGAUUCCGCGGUGCCAAUUAUAGGCUGGUAUGUUGCACUGGCUUCUGGGCUCUGCUCCAUUGCAAUGGUGUGCAAUCUACUCACCAAAUUCUUCAGUCUGAAUGCAACUUGGCUGACACUAUUAGCAGUGGCUACCAAGCUCACCGGCGACCUCACAACUCCCAUGUCUCCCUGGGAUAACGUGUCAAAAUGCAGUAGCACGAUUUUCUUAACUUUGGCCAUGGGUAAUUCUUUCAUCUCACUGGGCUCUAUGAAUGACACAUAUAUUCUAACCAAUCUCACCGCUUUGACCAUAUUGGUAGCCACCGUCAUUGUUGAUUUAUGCAUCCAACUCCAGACCCAUGUGCUUGAUUCCUCAUUAUCUAUGCAAAUCAUCUUCCAAAUUAUAUUGUUGUUCUGCAUGUUCAUAACAACUGUGUGUUCGGCUCUAGCAGUUCCAGCAAUUAAGAAACACUCAGAAUCAAUUUAUCAAAAGCUAGCUGCAGCUUCAGAUGAGAAACAAGGCCGCCCUACAGUUGAAGAGCUGAGAUUGAGCAUUACAAAGUAUUGGGUAAUGGCAGCCUCUGGUAGCCCCCGAUUUCUUAUGAAAAGCAAACGAGUUCCAAAUCUACUGUCUGGUGAACUUCCUAAUUGUUGGAAACUUCCAGUGGUGACACUAACAAGCAUUGCCAUUGCAAUUCCAAACAUUGCAAGUGAGCAUAUUGAUUGGUUAGUAAGCAGUGUUAAUGCAGGCCUCCGCUAUGCAAGCCUCAUAGAUGCCAUGGAUGAGAAAUGUGGGCUGAAAAGUAUUAAACAUGCAGCAGAUGUUGUGUGGGUGGGAGUUGAGCUUCGUAGAAAUGAGAACAGAAUUAUAGUGGAAAAUCCACUCUAUUGGCCUGUACAUGUUUUCGCUGCAAAUUCAAUGUACAGCAUUACUCGAACCAUUCUGCUAUACUAUGAAGAUGGUGAGUUCCAAGCUGAAGAGUUGUUUAGGAAGUUAAUCUGCAUGAUUGCAGACAUAUUGGCGGCUUGUUUUACUAAUUUGCCGCAUCUGAUAUAUACUAAGUGCAUAAGCAGUUCAAUUGAGGAAAGACUAGAAAGUGUUCGAGAUGCCGCUAUCAUUUUCGGGGAAACAGAAGAGAUUCUAAAACUUUUUGAAGAGGAUGGAUUGAGCAACAAGCAGCUAGCAACAGUUUCAUCUUCUGCAACAAGCAAUGGAGCAUCCUCUGUAGAGUCCAAUGAGCAUGUGGUUGUUCAAAUGCAGGCUUGA